GUGCCAGCAUAGGAAGCUAGCCGAAGUGCUCGUCAGGCCUCCAGCAGACAAGAUCAAACAGUGCUGUUUGGGAAGUGACCAAUCCCGCUUUAUGAAUCUGGAUGAGAGCAGUUAACCCCCCCAAAAUAUGGUGGUUCUCAAAAUUCGAGACCAGCCUCCUUUGCUGAAAGCCAUUUUCAAUGUGGACCCAGAUGAAGUACGUUCGCUCAUAUUCAAAAAAGAGGAUGUGAAUGCACAGGACAACGAGAAGCGGACUCCUCUGCAUGCUGCUGCCUAUCUUGGAGAUGCAGAAAUUAUAGAGCUGUUGAUUCUAUCAGGCGCAAGAGUAAAUGCCAAAGAUAGCAAGUGGCUGACUCCCCUGCACCGGGCUGUGGCUUCCUGCAGUGAGGAGGCUGUCCAGGUGUUACUGAAACACUCCUCAGAUGUAAAUGCUAGAGACAAGAACUGGCAGACUCCCCUUCACAUCGCAGCAGCCAAUAAGGCAGUUCGCUGUGCCGAAGCCCUCGUUCCUCUUCUUAGCAAUGUGAAUGUAUCGGACCGAGCAGGCCGCACUGCACUGCAUCAUGCAGCCUUCAGCGGUCACCUGGAGAUGGUGAGGCUCUUGCUCUCCAGGGGAGCCAACAUUAAUGCUUUUGACAAGAAGGAUCGCCGUGCAAUCCACUGGGCAGCCUACAUGGGACACAUCGAGGUGGUGAAGUUGUUGGCUUCUCAUGGGGCUGAAGUGGCCUGCAAGGAUAAGAAAUCUUACACCCCCCUACAUGCGGCAGCCUCUAGUGGAAUGAUUAGUGUUGUCAAAUACCUCCUGGAUUUAGGAGUGGAUAUCAAUGAGCCCAAUGCAUAUGGCAACACACCUCUACAUGUGGCCUGCUACAACGGGCAGGAUGUGGUUGUGAACGAACUCAUUGACUGUGGAGCUAAUGUCAACCAGGUGAACGAGAAGGGCUUCGCACCACUCCAUUUCACCGCUGCUUCACGCCAUGGAGCGCUCUGUCUGGAGCUCCUGGUGUGCAAUGGGGCUGAUGUCAACAUAAAGAGUAAAGAUGGUAAGACCCCUCUUCAUAUGACUGCGAUCCAUGGAAGGUUUUCUAGGUCUCAAGCAAUCAUUGAAAAUGGUGCCGAAAUUGACUGUGAAGAUAAAAACGGGAACACUCCACUACACAUUGCAGCUCGAUAUGGACACGAGCUCCUCAUUAACACGCUCAUCACCAACAAAGCUGACACCGCUAAACGAGGGAUUCACGGCAUGUUCCCGCUGCAUUUGGCUGCACUCAGCGGCUUCUCAGACUGCUGUCGUAAACUCCUGUCUUCAGGCUUUGAUAUCGAUACACCUGAUGACUUUGGAAGGACUUGUUUACAUGCUGCAGCUGCUGGGGGAAACCUGGAAUGUCUCAAUCUUCUUCUCAACACGGGGGCAGACUUUAACAGAAAGGACAGCUUUGGCAGGACUCCUUUGCACUACGCUGCUGCCAAUUGUAAUUACCAAUGCCUGUUUGCUCUGGUGGGUUCGGGGGCCGGGGUCAAUGACCUGGACGAGCGGGGCUGCACUCCUCUGCACUACGCCGCUGCCUCCGACACAGAUGGAAAGUGCCUGGAAUAUUUACUGAGAAAUGAUGCGAAUCCAGCGAUUCGGGACAAUCAGGGCUACAACGCUGUGCACUACGCCUCAGCGUAUGGACACCGCCUUUGCCUAGAGCUGAUUGCAAGUGAGACACCCUUAGAUGUGCUAAUGGAAACCUCAGGGACAGAUAUCCUGAAUGACUCGGAUGUCCGAGCUCCUGUCAGCCCCCUGCACCUAGCUGCGUAUCAUGGCCACCAUCAAGCCAUGGAGGUUCUGGUUCAGUCUUUGCUGGAUUUGGAUGUUAGAAACAGCCAAGGGCGUACACCCCUCGACUUGGCUGCCUUCAAGGGCCACGUUGAGUGUGUGGAUGUCCUAAUCAACCAGGGAGCCUCUAUCUUGGUGAAGGAUUUUACUUUGAAACGAACCCCAAUACACGCUGCAGCCACAAAUGGUCAUUCAGAAUGUUUACGGUUGUUGAUUGGAAAUGCUGAUCUUCAGAGUGCAGUAGACAUUCAAGAUGGAAAUGGACAAACCCCUCUGAUGCUGUCAGUCCUGAGUGGUCACACAGAUUGUGUGUAUUCUCUCCUUAAUAAAGGAGCCAGCGUUGAAGCCAAAGACAAGUGGGGCAGGACUGCUUUGCAUAGAGGAGCAGUGACCGGGCAUGAAGAGUGUGUGGAGGCCUUGCUUCAGCACAGCGCCAACUUCAUGGUGCGGGACUGUAAAGGUCGCACGCCGAUUCACCUGGCAGCAGCAUGCGGACACAUCGGGGUACUCGGAGGCCUUUUGAACGCCGCCCAGUCGGUGGAAACACUCACUACCUUAACAGACAGCCACGGCUACACGCCACUGCACUGGGCCUGCUACAAUGGUCAUGAUACGUGUGUGGAGGUUUUGCUGGAACAAGAGAUUUUUCACAAGGCAGAAGGCAAUCCUUUCAGCCCUCUCCACUGUGCUGUAAUCCGUGACAACGAAGGUGCAGCUGAAAUGUUGAUAGACACGUUAGGCCCUGUCAUUGUUAACGCCAAAGACAGCAAAAAUAGGACCCCUCUUCAUGCUGCAGCUUUCACUGACCAUGUGGAGUGUCUCCAGCUGCUGCUGAGCCACAAUGCUCAGGUCAAUUGUGUCAAUGCUGCAGGGAAAACCCCGCUCAUGAUGGCUGCAGAGAAUGGCCAAACCAAUGCCGUUGAGCUGCUGGUGAGCAGCGCUAAAGCAGAUCUCACUUUACAAGAUGCGUUGAAGAACACUGCACUUCAUUUGGCCUGCAGUAAGGGACAUGAAACCAGUGCCUUGUUGAUAUUGGAGAAGAUUACAGACAGAAACCUCAUUAAUGCUACAAAUGCAGCCUUACAGACGCCUCUGCACGUAGCUGCAAGAAAUGGCUUGAUUGUGGUGGUGCAAGAGCUGCUCGCAAAGGGAGCCAGUGUCCUUGCAGUCGAUGAGAAUGGUUACACACCCGCCUUGGCUUGUGCCCCCAACAAAGACGUUGCCGACUGCCUCGCCCUCAUUCUGGCCACCAUGAUGCCUGUGUCCCCCUGCACCCAAACCCCCACUGUCCCUUUCAGUGCCAUUAACCACUAUACCGCCAGCCCCUCUAAGAGCGUCACCUUCGACAGCAUGCCUUCACUACGCGGAGAGCACAGUUCCUACUGCAGCUUCAACAACAUCAGCCAUCACGACGGCUACUACAAAGACGAGGAGCUCAAUGACUCUGAUUCAGAGACGUACUGAAGGACGGGAAGACGGGAGGAAUGCACAAACACAUGCACUGUGUCUUAAAAAUCACGCGCCGCAAGCUUGGGUGCGCAAAGAAAGAAGAAAGCCCCCAGAGGAGCCUUAAGAUUCCCCACUACCACGAGAGAGCAAGGAGGGGGAGGAGGUGCAGCAAGCUGUCCCACACUCAUCUCGACUUCAUCCAGCAGUGGGCGUCCUUUAGCAGGUGCUGGUCAUCAGUAACCACUGCUUUAUCGACGCUGACUUAUCCAGUGUGGAAAACUGAAUUUGUUGAGCAGACAGCAACUGUUCUGCAGCAAUAACAUGCUGAAGAGGUGCGAUCGAACCCCACAGAGUUAAACCAGCAGGGACCAAAACAACAUGGAUGCAUUUUUAUCUUGGUUUUAACGGAGUUAAGUGACUUGAGACUGGGAUAUUUUCAGGGGGUUAUUGGUUUGCAAGAAAAACAAGUUUUCAUUGAAUAUUAUCUGCACACUACAUUUAUCAGACUGCACAUGUGCAUCAAUUUGUAAGUCAUGCAGGGAGGAAAUCAUUUAUUUUUUCGAUCAAAAUUUUAAUAUACCAGUUUUAAUGUCUUAAAACUCUAGAAAUCAAUUUGCUGAUCUCAUUUCAAAACCUUUGAUACAUGCACCAGUUUAUUAAUACGUUGAGCAAGCCUACCUUUGUACAGUUACCAGUUUGUUCCAGUUUAGUCUUUAACGAAUAAAUUAUUUCUAUUGUUUUUGGUUGCUUCUGAUUUGUUGAUUUUGUGCCUUUAAUUGUUACUGAGAAAACGUGAGUUUGUAGAGGCAGCUGUGAAAGUGCACAUUAAGUAAAUAAUAAAGUACAUGUACUGAGACGUCAAUCCUCAGCUCUGAAAGGAGAAGCACUGUAAACCACUGACAGGACACGAUUUGAUUUUCCUUCAAAUUAUAUUUUUGCUGUAUUAGUUUGCUUGCUUUAAGCUAAAAAAGAAAAUAAACAAAAAAGGAAGCCACUUGAUUGUUUCAUGAUUUAAAAACACCCAGUUUUGUCUGGAAAAAAAUAAAAAUAACUGGAGCUCUGUAC